CGGAGCGGCGGGCGGGCGCGCGCGGUGCGGCAGGCCCGGGAGCGAGCGCCGUCCCCGCGCGUGGCCGCGCCCCCGCGCGGUGCCGGUGGCGGGGCCGGGGCCGGGCCGGGCCGGCCGGUGCCGCGAUGCUGCCGUCGCAGGAGGCCUCGCGCCUGUACCACGACACGUACGUGCGGAACUCGCGCGCCAUCGGCGUGCUCUGGGCCAUCUUCACCAUCUGCUUCGCCAUCAUCGACGUGGUGGUCUUCAUCCAGCCCUACUGGGUGGGCGACAGCGUGAGCACGCCGCGGCCCGGCCACUUCGGCCUCUUCCACCUGUGCGUGGGCGCGGGGCCGGGCGCGGGGCCCGGGGGCGCGGGGCCGGGCGGGCGCGAGCUCUCCUGCCGCGGCUCCUUCGCCGACUUCGGCUCCAUCCCGUCGGGCGCCUUCCAGGCCGCCGCCUUCUUCGUGCUGCUCUCCAUGGUGCUGACGCUGGGCUGCAUCGCCUGCUUCGCGCUCUUCUUCUUCUGCAACACGGCCACGGUCUACAAGAUCUGCGCCUGGAUGCAGCUGCUGGCAGCCCUCUGCCUGGUGCUGGGCUGCAUGAUCUUCCCGGACGGCUGGGACGCGGAGACCAUCCGGGACAUGUGCGGGGAGAAGACAGGGAAGUACGCGCUGGGCGACUGCUCCGUGCGCUGGGCCUACAUCCUGGCCAUCAUCGGCAUCCUCAACGCCCUCAUACUCUCCUUCCUGGCCUUCGUCCUCGGCAACCGGCAGAACGACCUGCUGCACGACGAGCUCAAGACAGAGAGCAAAGAUUUUGUUGGCACUGCGAGGAUAUAAUGUAGCGCGUGCAGCUGGGCCCCCGCAGCGCUGGCAUCUGGACCGGACCCUCCCCGUCCCUGCCCUCCCUUCUCUGCCAGCGCCCCGGUCCCAGCCAGCUCUGUGCCUCAAACUCUGCCGGCCUCGCCAGGGACCCACCGGCCACGUGGCUCCCCGCCCCAGCCAGGGCCGGGACCGGGGCCGCCCGCCGCCUGCUUCAGGAACAGCAACGCACCGCAGCUUCGUGCGCCGGCGACGACCACGGAGGUUUGGCUGGAUUUCGAUGCUCCUGGGAAGCAUCGAGGCCCCUGCUGCCCCCCUGCCCAGCCCCUCCAUGCCCUGCCCUGGCGGCGGAGCCGGCGCCAAGAGGAGCCCCUGCCUCCAGCCCUACACCUCCGGGCAGCAGCGGGGCUGCAGCAGACUGAGCUGCUGGGGGACCCCGGCCCGACGGGCCGGCACCUGUGCAUUCGCUCAUCUUUGCACAGGGACCACGACUGCGCCCCGCAGCCCUUCUGGGCUCUGGCUGGAACUCAGUCCUGGGCCCAGAGCCUCCUGCCCCUGCUGGGACCAGCUGUGGGGGCACGCCGGUGCCAGAUGCUGAAUGUAACCCCUGGCCCGGCCCUUGAUGCUGGGGGCUGCUGAAGGUGAGACCAGCGCCCAGUGCCCUCCUGCCCCUGCUCCACCACGUGCGUCUCAUGCCGGUGCCAAAUGCCACAGUCCCCCCACACGGUGCUUUACCCCUCGCCAGACAGACCCAUCCCCCUCCCUGCUGGGGGCGGCCGCACAGCCCUGCCGCCACUGGGCCCCAGCCGUGGGGGCAGCCUGGAGGGGCCAUGCCUGCUGCUCCUUGCCCACACCCACGCCUCAGAGGCAGGACAGCAGUAAGGACCUGCACCGCGGGGACCCCCGUGCCGCUGAGAGCGAGGCACCUUGGCUGCCCCCCGCAGACAGCAAGGCCGCCCCGCUCAUUGCAGACCCGCGACUCCAGGAGGCAGCAACAGUCCCCAGAGCCUCAUUGCUGCAGGGACAGAGCUGGCCCUCCGCCCCUCAGACCCCCGGCUGGCAUGGAGCUCGCGUCCAGCUCAGCCCCUGCCCCCGAGACCGGACGAGCCAGAGCAGCCCGUGCCCGUGCCCAUGCCCAGCAGACACAGGCUGGAGGCGAGUGCCUGGAUGCAUGCAGCACGCGGCGGCGCAAUAAAGUCCUGAGCGCUCGCACUGAAUGCAUCCCAGUGCCCAGCUGCAGGGCACCAGGGGACGUCUCUGCCCCUGGGCCCCAGGCAGCAGUCGGUCGGGGCGGGGAGCUUGGGGGCACGAGGGGAAAGGUGGGAAGAGAAAGCGGUAGGGGCUGGCAUGGCGCGAGGCAGGGCUGCGGGGGCCAGGGCUUGUGCCAGGCUGGUGGGCAGGGGCUGCAGCACGCAGGCACCCGGGCAUCCUGCCGCGGCUGCUUCCCGAGAGCGAGAGCAGAAGGCGAGCUAGGAAGCAGAGAUGCACAUAGCGCUGAGCGCCGGGGCGGGGAGGCUGCAACAGGCCCGGGCGCGCAGGAAGGUUGGUCUGGUGGCGGUGCGGGAGAGCGGCCAGGUCGGGCCUCCACCGCCCAGCCGGGCCCCGUCCCUAGAGCAGAGGAGCGAGGAUUGAGCCACAUGCACGACAACCACGCAGCGCCUCCAGGGAAGGCCACAGCAUUGUCACGAGUCCUGUCCCCCCACCCCGUGAUCGCGACACCCCUGUAGCAACCACGGCCCCUGCCCAGCCGGGGGAGUCACGCCGGGAGACCGCUGGGUGCAAGGAUGCGCUUCUCCGUCACUUGGCAGCAAAGGCCGAAGAGGAGCUGCCCGGCCUCGCGCCUGGCAGCUCAGUCCACGCUGGCGGAUACUGCAGCAGGGUCACGAUCGCAGAUGGUGCCACAGACGUGGCUGCUUUUGUCGACUGAGAUGCAGCACCCGUGGAGAGGGGGCCGUGGCUGUAACAUAUCUGUAUUUUAGUACAAAGUUUGAUACGGUGUUUCACAAACCUUAUUGGAAAAUAUAAUUCAAACUGGA